AGAAUAAUUCCAAAUUCUCUGAAGCGAUACAGCAACAACGGUGUCGGUCUUGAGAAGAGAAAUAUCUUUAACUAUAUUUUUGGAUCAUUUCAGAAACUAAUCGACAGCAUGAACAAAUUAAGCAUAGAUAAAGUUGAUUUAAAGGACAAACGUGUUUUGAUUAGAGUUGACUUUAAUGUUCCACUAAAAGAUGGAAAAAUUACCAACAAUCAGAGAAUCGCUGCUGCCUUGCCGACCAUCAAGUAUGCUUUGGAGAAGGGAGCAAAGGCAGUCAUUCUCAUGUCUCACCUUGGUCGCCCUGAUGGGCGCCCAGAUCCAAAAGCCAGCAUGAAGCCGGUAGUAGCUGAGCUGGAGACAUUGUUGGGGAAGAAAGUCACAUUCCUCGAAGACUGUGUAGGACCUAAAAUUGAAGAAUUCUGUGCCAAUCCAGCACCAGGAAGUGUUAUACUGUUAGAAAACUUGCGUUUCCAUCUUGAGGAAGAAGGCAAAGGCAAGGAUGCCAAUGGUAAAACAGUCAAAGCUGAUGAAGCAGCUAUACAGGCUUUCCGUGCAUCACUGAGCAAGCUUGGAGAUGUCUAUGUAAAUGAUGCUUUUGGCACUGCGCACAGAGCCCAUAGUUCCAUGGUUGGAGUUACUCUUCCAGUCAGAGCUUCUGGUUUCUUGAUGAAGGUAGAAUUAGAAUACUUUGCUAAAGCCUUGGAAAACCCAGCUAGGCCAUUCUUAGCUAUUCUUGGAGGUGCUAAAGUGGCAGACAAAAUUCAACUAAUUGAUAACCUAUUGGAGAAGGUGGAUGAGAUGAUCAUUGGUGGUGGUAUGGCUUUCACUUUCCUCAAAGUUGUACACAAGAUGGAUAUUGGAAGCUCACUGUUUGAUGAGGAAGGUGCUAAAAUUGUGGAGAAGUUGGUGAAUAAAGCCAAGGAACGUAAUGUACAGCUUCAUCUUCCCUCAGACUUUAUCACAGGGGAUAAGUUUGCAGAAGAUGCUAAAACUGCCACAGCAACAGUAGCUUCUGGUAUUCCUGAAGGCUGGUUGGGUAUGGAUGUAGGCUACAAAACAAAUGAAGAGUUUACAAAUGUCAUUGAAAGAGCAAAGACUAUUGUUUGGAAUGGACCUCCUGGAGUCUUUGAAUUUGAAAACUUCAGCACUGGCUCCAAACAAAUGAUGGAUGCUGUUGUCAGAGCUACACAGAAGGGAGCAGUCACUAUUAUCGGUGGUGGAGACACAGCAACUUGUGCUAAGAAAUUUAACACUGAAGAGAAAGUCAGUCAUGUGAGCACAGGAGGUGGUGCCAGCCUGGAGUUACUGGAAGGAAAACCAAUGCCUGGUGUUGAAGCCCUCUGUCCACCAUCAUAAAAGAACAAGUAUAUCUUCUGGUGAUAUAUGUUACAACACAACUACAAAAACAUAAAGAGAAAGUUUUCUUUUAAAAAUCUUCAUGUAGUUCUGACAUGGCUAUCACUCAAACUAUUUAUCAAUUUAUUAAUCUGGAGCUGUGGAUGAUGUGAGCACAAAGCUAAAUGUUUCCCAUCUUUAAUCCAUAUCUGUAUUUUGAUAGAUGUUUUUUUUCUCUCUAGAUUAGUUUUUACAAACUGUUUGAAUUCAAUUGCUGUAUACAAAAGUAUAUGUGAUGAACGUAAGGACUCCAUGUAGAUUAUUUAUAUUUGAUGUGUCCAAGUGAAACGCUCAUUAUUUCUUUGGACUUGUUCUGUUUGGCUCUGGUACAAUUCCUUGCAUUGUCCAUCUUGAUUAUGUGAUGUAGAGUUAACUUUGAAUACUUUGAAGAAUAAAAAUCUGGAGAACAGAG